AUGAUUAAAAUAUCAACAUUAAACGGAAACAAAGAUGCAGAAGAUGAAAAUGAUUCAGAAAUACAGACUUCAGCAGAAGCAUUACUUCAGAUUGCGUCCCAGCAAUAUGCUAAAGCUCUUGAACUGCAGAGGAAAGGAUGUUUGGACGAGGCAACUCAGUUGUUAAAGGAUUUGUUAGAAACAGAACUUCUAGAUAAUGUUAAAAUACCUGGUCCCAGUGAGGUCACAUCCGGGCCACUUCAUAAAUUAAAGUAUCUAUGCUAUAAGAAUCUUGCAUAUAUGUUACAAGAGGCCGGAGACAUAGAGUCAGCCAUAGAAUCGUACAUUGACGCCUCGGAUUUUGAUGAUACUGAUGUCACUUUGUGGUACAGAAUGGGCUUAUUAUGCUUGCAAGCUAAGCAAUACGAGAGAGCAUUACUGGCUUUCCAACACGGCUGUCGACGGAAUCCACGACACUGGUUGUGUUUAGACAACAUCAUUAAACUUUUACUGGGAUUAAAUUACAGAGAACAAUGUAUAAUCACUAUUCAUGAAGCUCUCCAACUUGAUCCUGGAUAUUUGAGGGGAAUUGUGUAUCGCAGACAUAUAUAUACAGUUUAUAAAUACAUGAGAAAAUAUAUGGAAGAUUUGAAUCCUAUAUAUAAAUGGAAUGAAAGUAUGGAUGGUCCUAUCGAUGAAACAUUAGCAGAUAAGUUAUUAAAAGAAGCUGAAGAUAUUUAUGAGUCGUUUGUUGAACAACAGAGAGGGGAUAAUUUCGUUCAUGCAGUACCACGGAUAAAGCUAAAGAAGUCCAUAGCAAAGGAAACUUGGGAAGCCGUCGGUGAAUCAUUGGUUCAUAUGCACCAAUAUCAAACAGAACAUUGUCUCAGCCACGCUUGUUUUAUAGACAUCAGCAGUCAGACAGAAAAUACAGAAGAAUGUAUGGAAGUUUGUGAAGAAGAUGAUCAAUUGAAAUCAGCGGAGACUAAAUUAAAAGACAACACUGCUGACACAGAAAAAGUCAUGGAAACGGUGUCGGAAAAUGAAAAUAAUGAUCUAUCAGAUAAAGACAAAGCAAUGACGGACAGCGAGAAGGUGGAAAGUGAUAUUGAAAUGGUGGCUUCAGAAUCAGCGACAGAAAAUAAUACAGACGAUAAAUUGCAGAAGAAGAAUUCUGUUAGACGGAGAGGAAGCGCAUUGAGCUUUUUGCAUCCAUGGGAAUGGUUCACACGAGGCUCUGCAAGAAAAAGGAAUGGCAAUAUUUAUGAUAUUUUACGAAAAAUGGUCCCCCUUCACUUAGAACCAGAGGCGAUACGAAAGAAGGAGAAUCAAACUAAAGAAAGCUCCCCGGAUAUGUCAGAUCUCGACAAACUCUUUCCCGAUGUGUCCAUUAAUAAAGAUGAUGACAAAAUUACCAAUAAAACCGAAUAUUUCGGGAGCGAGGCUGAAGAAAAGGACGUGAAGGCUUUCAUAAAGUUAUAUACAGAAAAUAGCAAAGACAUCAUCGAUAUGUUACACGAUUAUUUGAAAAUACUAAGUGAUAAAUGGAAUCAGAAGUGGUCGGACGGGUUGUGUAAAGUUUUUAAAGCGGCUGCCGAGUGUUACAAGAACCACGUUGAAGUCCCCACUAGUAUGGACGACUCACAGAACUUGAUUUAUUUCUGCCAGGUUAAUUUGGUCGCUGAAGAACUGACGGUGAAUGAAAAAUUGAUCCAAAAGUCGGCGCAGAAGUCCAGGCAUGAUUUAAAUGUAAUUUCAGCUAUUGAUAUGAUAGUAACUUCGAAGCCGCAUUUGUUUUCCAAUCCGAGCUGCUUGGAAAUGAUAUUGCGCUCGCUUUGGGUCAAAUUACACGUGCAUUUAUUUUUAAAUAAAUCCGAGGACUUGGCGUUGGAGACUGGAUACGAUCUUCUCGACGAAUUUCACGCUAUGGGCGAGUUCGCUGAAACUUACAGUCUCAACGUUACAAACUUUAAAUUUAAAAGCGAAAUUAGCAGAAAACAUAUUCUAUCACUCGUUCACCCCAUGGAGAGGAAUAAAAAGCUUUUAUCCGUCAUGGAAUUAUAUAACCAGGGCAAUUAUGAGGAAGUGAUCGCCAUUAUAACUGAAUUCUUCGACGAAUGCAAGAUAAUUGCUAUGAAAAGAAAAAUUAAGUUGCCUUUGGAUUUUACGAUUCAGCUAACCCUUAUUAUGGAGAGUUAUUGGGCAUCUGACGAUGGUUCUGAUGAUUACGAGACGUGGACGCUGGUCGUCAUCAAAAUAUUGACCAGCAUACAGCAUAUACUACUUACGGAAGGAAUAUUGUGUUUAGACUCAGUCAGUGAUAAGGAGCUCAGCGAAGGCCUCGAAGAUUUAAUACGGAUAAUCGGCCAUCAAGUAGAGACCAAUAGUUCUGAUAUGCCAUUCAAUACGUUCUCGCCGUGGAUUAUAAUGUAUUGCAUACUACAGCGAGAAGAGGAUCGUGGUAGGGGACGAUCAGUUACGGAUGAGGAUUCCGUAUCCUGUAACGGUAUUCCGUACCCAUUGAUGUUACUAUUCAUUGCUCAUGACAACUUAGGCGAAAGGAAUUGGUGUUGUAAUUCCGAUGGCGAAUUCCUAUACUUCAUUCUCGAUACAGUCGCGCCAUGUCUGCGAUCUCCGUUACUCUCUAACUGCUAUCAAAAUAUUUGUCAAUAUAUGGAACAGGUAGUUUUUUGUCUGUACGCACAUCCGAACAAAAUUAGUAAUAAAAUGAAAUAUCUCAGGGAUCACAAGGCUACGCCUAAAAUUCUUGAUUGGAAGAGAGCGGAACAGAUUUACGAUAUAUUCAGACCUAUUAAUAUACCCGCGAUUGAAGGAAAAAUUCCUGAAAUUUCAACGGAAACUGAGGGGCUGUUCCACAGAAUUCUAUCACUCCUUCCUGCUGAAUGCGAUCCAUCUAAAUAUAUAUCUGAAAUAGAUAAAUACAUAAAGGGUACUGAUGAAAAGUUUACUCAGAUAUCACCAAAAUUUCCUUAUAAAAUUAGAGAUAUCUAUUUAUAUUUAAGUGACUAUUACUUUAAAAAGGAGGAUCACCAGAAAGCUAUUAAAUAUAGUAUGUUGGAUAUAACUCUUAAUAAUGAUAGAUUCAACUCCUGGGCUCUGUUGUCGCUUUCAAAGGUUUUCUUUUUGGAUAGGUCCCUAAACCUGUACAAAAAACUAAAUAAUGAAAGAGAUUAUCUAAUUCCCGCCAAGUCAGCGAUUCGCUGUUUCAAACGAGCGCUAGAACUCAAUCCUAAAAAUUAUACCGUAUGGUUAGAAUUUGGAAAUUUCGUAUAUAGUGUACAGUCAUAUUGUUCGAGACUUCUGAAACAAGACAGUGAAUCUCUAAGUAUGGAAGAGUUUGAGGCACUUGAAAGACAGAAAGAAGAUCUUUUGGACGAAAGCUACAAAUGCUAUACGACAAUUCUGUAUGCCCCGGAAGAUACAGAUUUGUCUGAAGAUUCGUGGCCGCUGUUUUAUAUGUUGGGUAAAGUUGCAGAGAAGAGAAAUAAGCCUCCAUCUGUUUACCUGGAUUUUUUUAUGCAAGGCAUUAAGAAACUGCACGAAGCUAAAGCUUAUUAUCCAUCGAAAAUUAAUUACAAAUCACCGCCCAAUCUCUCUUUAAAAGUGUUGGAGUUACAUUACAGAAUGCAUGCGUCCAUUCUUAAAUACAUUGAACAACACGAAAACAAACCCAUACCCGCCUCCGUGGGCGAAGUAUUUUUAAAUUGUAUUGAGAAAUGGCUUCAGGGCCCAUUUGUUAAGAAACCAAAAGAUAAUAACGCUACAAACACAUCUACAACAAUAAGGAAUGAGGCUGAAAUGGCAAAGAAGUAUGAAGAACCACAUGCUGCCAAUAUUCUUAAGAGAUCGAUUAGUGACGCCGGUGAAGAGGAUACACAAGAAGUUAAACGAUUGAAAAUAGAAGCUGCAGCGGCUAAAAUAAGACGAUCGGCCUCUUACGACACCGAACGUAUCGGAACAACAGAAGCUUCGAAACCAACAUCGCCUGAUAAAGAAAAUAAAGACGAUGAUAAAACAGUAACAACUUCAGAAAAACAACCAGAACCGCAAGAGAUUGUUGACAAGCAAGAUGCACCUACGGAGGUAAUACCAGAGAAGGAAAAGGAAACCGUUGAUUCUAAAAAAGAGGAAAGCUCCAGUUCUUCCUCAUCAACUUCUUCAUCAGAUUCGAACUCCAGCGAUUCUUCAUCCAGCAGCAGUGACAGUAGUAGCGACACUUCCAGCAAGUCCUCCGAGGAAAACAGACAAUUAUCAGACGAAGAAAUAAUGAAGAUCGUGUCAGGAUGCCUCAACGCUCUAGAAGAUUGUGCCAUCCGAUAUCACCCGAAUUAUAAAGCUAUCUACAGAUUAGCCCACUAUCACUUCUAUUAUAAAAAAGGACGAGACAUCGAAAGAUGUAGGGACUUGAUGCUAUCGACAUUAACCUCACGAUCCGGUCAGAAAAUGUGUGGACUAUUCAGCGAAAAGAGAACACAUAACUUCUUCAACAAUAUUUGGAAAAAUCCGAGCAACGAUAUCGAGAGACCGGGGGCUUUUGCCUUUCAUAUGAACCGUUGUGUGUUACUGACUUUGGAAAUAUUUAAAGAAAUCGACGAUCACAAAACAUUAUUGGAUCUGAGCUUACAUUUACAAAUAGAACCAGAUCUAGAAAAGAAGUACUUAAGAGAUUCCGAUAGAGAAGAUUUAGCACAGCAGGCCUUUUCUCUUUGUGUCCAAUUACUGAAAGGACAGCUUUUAAGAUUCAGUCAACAAAGUGAUUUAAAAACGAACGAGGUGGAGAGAAAUGCUUUAAAAAGCUUUAUGGCAGAUAUUCAUAAGGCUUACAUAAAAGUACAAAAAACUCCAAAUGCAAAACAUCUGACCACAUUACUUGUCGAUGCUUACAAACUGAUUAGCACGAGUCCUAUUUCUGAAAACGUGAAUUUAGUUGACCUGAGCAUUAAAUACUGUCAAUCGCUCAACCAAAACCACAAGCAGCAACCGACGACAAAUAUUGAAAAAAGUCAAAGCUUACCGAAGAAACAAAGUUCUAAAUUUCAGACUCCGUCCAGUAGUUCUGUUGCUAAAGUACCGGUUACAGCUAGCCAAUCAAAGGCCGAAUCUAAGUCUCACACGUCCAAUAUUAGUACAAGUACUGGUUUACCUAAAAUAUCCGCUCAGGAAAUGGCGGCAGCCUUCCAAAGUUACGUUCCUAUGCUCAACGACAUGUCUCCACAGACCGCUGCGGCUUUAUCAUUGACGUAUUUAAGCAAUAUCAGCGCGUUGGCCGGACUGACGAGUUUGCAAAAUCAGAUGCAGUCUUCUCUCCAGACAUCGUUACAGAAUUCAUAUCAAGCAGAGUACUACCGCCAGUACUUGGGAUCGAGUUUCCCCGGAUUCAACUUGCCCCAGCAACAGAAGAAGCCCAAGCGCGGCCGACCGGUCGGUUCGACGUCCUCGAAUAUAAUGAAAUCUAAGUCAUUUUCGAAUUCCAUGAGCUCUAUUGUCCGCACGUCUCCUCUCACCACUAGGUCACCAUCUAUGACCGCGGUGAGCAAAUCGUCUUCAUUCCCGAAAGCUGCUCCGACUUCCGUAAUCACCAGCAUUCAUAAAUCUACAUCCAGUUUGACUCCCAGUAUGGGCACCGUCCUCUCGUCAUUGCCAGCAUCCAUGACAGCUAAUCUAUCCUCAUUCGGUUCACACGGACACAGCUCGGGUCAUCAAACCCACAUAUCCCCUUCCUCAACCAGCUCCAAAUCCCACCAGCAAGUCAGUCCGGGUAAAACACUGCAAGAAAAAUUAGCAGAGAGACAGAAAAAUAUUCCAUCAUUACCAAAAACUUCCCAGGAAAUAAACGCUUCGUUGAACCGACUGCCGUCAUCGCUCACUAUAACUAAAACAUCCAUCUCAAAGCACCAACAGACAAAGAAACCUGAUGCUAAGAAAACACUCUCAUUCAGCGAGACCGAGCCCAGACCGAAACCGAUCUCAAGCGAUGAAGUUAUUGUACUAGACGAUGAUUAA